AUGAAACUAAAUUCUCAAAAUAUCUAUCUAUCUAUCUAUCUAUCUAUCUAUUCGAUUCUUUUCUUUCUUUCCUUCCUUCCUUCUUUUUUUCUUUCUUUCUUUCUAAGUUGCUGUCUUUUUCAGUUCCUGUCUGAGUCUUUCUUUCUUUCUUUCUUUCUUUCUUUCUUUCUUUCUCAGUUCCCGUCUGACACUUUCUUUCUUUCUCAGUUACUUACUGACUCUUUCUUUCUUUCUUUCUUUCUUUCUUUCUUUCUUUCUUUCUUUCUUUCGUUCGUUCGUUCUUUCUUUCUUCCUUUCUUUCUUUCUUUCUUUCUUUCUUUCUUUCUUUCUUUCUUUCUUUCUAAUUCUCCAACUCUGACAGUAAUCAGCCUUUCUUUCUUUCUUUCUUUCUUUCUUUCUUUCUUUCUUUCUUUCUUUCUCUGUUCCUAUCUGACUCUUUCUUUCUUUCUUUCUUUCUUUCUUUCUUUCCCAGUUUCUAUCUAUCUAUCUAUCUAUCUAUCUAUCUAUCUAUCUAUCUAUCUGAUUUAUGAUUCUCUUUGCUUUUUCUCAGUUUCUAUCUCUCUCUCUUUUAACGUUAUAAUUGUUUGUCGUUUGUUUUUGUUUCUUUCUCAGUCUGUUUCUAUCUAUCUAUCUAUCUAUCUAUCUAUCUAUCUAUCUAUCUAUCUUAAAGUUGUAAAAGCAGCAAAAAUGUCAAUUAAUGAGUCCCCGCUGCACACCAUACCAGAUAUCGCUUUUUUAUUAAUCGAACGCUGA